AUGAGCUCUUCUAUCUUCAAACAAACAAAAACUAGUCACCUCGAAAAGCUGUUUGUCACCUCAGAUGCGGCAACGAUCCUUCGAGAAAUGGAGGUCGUUCAUCCAGCAGCCAAAGUACUCAUCAUGGCCUCUCAACAACAAGAGGCUGAGAUCGGUGAUCGCACGAAUCUGGUGUUGAUGUUUGCGGGCGAAUUGUUGAAGAAGGCUGAGUCCCUCUUGAUGAUGGGUCUCCAUCCUAGUGAGAUCGUCUUAGGAUACGAAUUAGCACGUGACAGGGCCGAGGAAGAGAUCGAAACAAUGGCUUGUGAUACCCUUCCCUCACCUCUGACAAAAGAGUCACUUGCCACGGCUCUUCGAACUCCUCUAGCAUCCAAGCAAUUCGGCAAUGAAGAUUUCCUGGCGUCACUCGUCUCAGAAGCCUGUCUGUCAGUCAUGCCCUCCGAGCCAACACUCUUCAACGUUGAUAAUGUACGGGUGGUCAAGAUCCUCGGUGCUGGAUUGUCUUCCUCCAAAGUUAUCAAGGGAAUGGUCUUUGGGCGGGAGCCAGAGGGGGUCAUCAAGAACGCUACUAAGGCUAAAGUGGCUGUUUACACUUGUGGGAUCGAUAUUGCUCAAACUGAAACCAAAGGAACCGUGUUGUUGAGGAAUUCGGAAGAAUUAUUGGACUUCUCGAGAAGUGAAGAGGUUUUAAUGGAGAAAAUCUUCAAAGAAAUCGCUGAUUCAGGAGUUUCGGUCAUUGUAGCGGGUUCAAGCCUGGGAGAAUUAGCUUUACACUACUUGAAUCGAUACAACAUUGGAGUGAUCAAAGUCUUGUCGAAAUUUGAUCUCCGCCGACUUUGUCGAGUAGUAGGAGCGACGCCAUUGGCACGGUUGGGCGCGCCGACACCGGAGGAGGCUGGCUACGUUGACGUGUUCGAGACGAUUGAGGUGGGAGGUGAUCGGGUGACAGUGUUCAGACAGGACGAUGAGACAAAGACGCGGACGUCGACGAUCGUCUUGAGAGGGGCCACGACGAGCUCACUGGAUGAUGUCGAACGGGCAAUCGAUGACGGGGUGAACGUGAUCAAAGGGCUACUGAAAGAUUCUCGACUCUGUCCCGGUGCCGGGGCCACGGAGAUCGAACUGGCCAGUCGGCUCCUCGAUUAUGGCGAAAAGACUCCAGGCCUCAGUCAACACUCCAUCAAAAAAUUCUCGGAAGCUUUGGAGGUUAUCCCCCGAACCCUGGCUGAAAACGCUGGGCUGGACUCCACUGAGGUUCUUACCCGACUAUAUGCCGUUCAUCAGUCAAAAGACUCCAACAGUACCUCUAUGGGAGUAGAUAUCCAGUGCGAAAGCUCAGAUGGAGUGGUUGACGCAAAAGAGACCAAGAUCCUCGACUUACUCUCAGGAACCUCUUGGGCUAUCCGCUUCGCAUCUGAAGCAGCCAUGUCAAUCCUUCGAGUAGAUUCGAUCAUCAUGUCCAAAGCUGCUGGGAUCGUUCCUCCUAAACAAAACCCUGAUUGGGACCAGGAUUGA